AUGGAAAAGUUCUCCCAGUACCGCGAUAAGGGCACAGGUGUUGCUCCCUACCUGCCGCAUCCGCGCUCCAAGGCUGACGGUUCGCUCCCCAGCACGAUUUUCGUCGUUCUGCAGGCGCCCCUGGCUCUUGUGGAGAGUGUGAUCAAGAUCCCCCUCUUGCUCGCCCUGCUGGCGCUGUAUGCGGGCAUCAUCCAAUUCAUCACAAUCGAGCCGGUACGAAAGGCCUACUUUUCGACGCUGCUGUUUGUCAGUGGCUUCUGGUUCUGGAACGUGUCCGCCGAAGCGGUGAGAAGAAACAAGCUGACCGAGGCCUACCCCAAGCCCGGAGAGGUCGUGGUGUCCAACUACCUGUCGCCCAUUGACGCCUUUGUGUACUCUGCACUUUUCGACCCCGUUUUCAUCGUCCCCCACGCCUCUUCCCGAGUCUACCAGGAGCUGGGUCCGUUUGGAGUCUUCUUCAAGGCCCUGGGUAUCCCCGAAAUCGUGCCUCCAACCCAUGGGGAGUCGCUGUCCAAGAUUGUGUUUGACGCCACCUCCAAGGGACGAGCCGUGGUUGUGUUUGCCGAGGGAACAACCUCCAACGGACGAGGUCUGCUGCCCCUGCUACACAUUGACUUCCACCAGCUCUCUCAAAACACAAAGGUGAUUCCGGCAGGCCUCAGACUCGCCCCCCAGUACAUCACCACCCCUCUGCCCGUGACGCUGCCCAUGUGGGUCUUCCGACUGCUCUCAAACCCCACUGGAUGGCACGUGUCUCUACGGUUUGCCGAACCGUGCUACGCGAAGGACACCAACGUCAACAACACACUGGUGGAGAGCAUUUGUCGGGUGGGCCGACUCAAGAGCAUCGGUCCAGAUCUCGGUGUUGAGGGAAAGCGAAACUUUUGGAAGGUCUACAACAAGAAGAAGGACGUUUGA